UCAUUGAAGUUUAAGGUGCCUAAUGCAGAAAAGUUUGUUUUGAAGGCUGCAUCUGCUCUCCGAUUGAAUGAACAAAGCAAACUGGCUGCAAAAUCCAGUAUGUAAAAUCCACAAGUCAGCUCUCCUCCUGUCCCAUGCAGAAACCUCACAGUUUGGACGCGUGCCGCUCUGUCCCAGACCAUCCCAAGAUCUUGGCUGCUGUUUUUUCUCUUGGAGGAGUGGGAAGCACACCCUCCUGCCCUCCUCAGGCUCCACCCCUUGCAGUGCAGUUUUAAGUAGGACGGAGCUUUUCAGAGAUUGUAACAGAGAUGUGGAAAACAUAAAAACAGAGCGGUCUGGGAAGCCAAUCAGCAGCAGAAAACAAGAGAGGAAAAGCCAAAAAAGACAACUUGAGCUCUGGAGGUGAUGUGGAAAACACUCAGAAUGAAAGGCAAGCUCCUAAGUCUCCUUCUGCUGGUGGGAGCAAUCAAGACUGCCCAGUGCCAGGGCUUGCACAUGCGUUACAAACGGGGAGCCAGAUCUAGAGCUAUUUGCACAGACUAUUCAUCUGGACAAAUAUACCAGCACAGGGGGAGCUGGCUGAGACUCUCAGGGAGCAGAGUGGAAUAUUGUAGGUGUGACAGUGGUCGGAGUUACUGCCACACUGUGCCCAUCAGAGCCUGCACUAGAAAUAAAUGCUACAACGGCGGCCAGUGUUCACAGGCAUAUUACUCACCACAGCUCUUUAUCUGCCUCUGUCACCAUGGUUUCUCUGGGAAGCAGUGUGAAAUAGAUACUGAAGUUAAGUGCUACAAAAAUGCUGGAGUAACAUACAGGGGUACGUGGAGUGUAACAGAGAGUGGGGCUGAAUGCCUGAACUGGAAUAUCAAUGGCUUGAUGGACCGUAAAUACAGCGGCCGAAGAAAGGAUGCUGCUGAGCUGGGAUUGGGCAAUCACAACUAUUGCAGAAACCCAGAUGAGGAUUCCAGACCUUGGUGCUAUGUCUACAAAGGGGGAAAGUACACCUGGGAACACUGCAGUGUGCCCUCCUGUUCAAAAGCUGGAAACAUCAAUUGCAAAACUGGAAGAGGCACAGAUUACCGAGGUAGUCACAGUGUUACCAGUUCUGGAGCCACCUGUUUGAGGUGGAAUUCUCAAAUCAUUGUCAGCAAGUUAUAUACUGCUUGGAGAAGAGAUGCUUACCAGCUAGGCCUUGGCAGUCACAAUUUCUGCAGGAAUCCUGACAAUGACAGCAAGCCCUGGUGCCACGUACUGAAAGGAAAACAGCUCACAUGGGAGUACUGCGAUGUGCCUACUUGCUCCAGCUGUGGUCUUCGGCAGCACAGAGCGCGCCAGUACCGGAUUAAAGUUGGCUCCUAUGCAGACAUUGAAGCUCACCCGUGGCAAGCUGCCAUCUUUGUGAAGUAUCGCCGAGCACCCGGAGAACAUUUCCUCUGCGGAGGAAUUCUGAUCAGUUCCUGCUGGGUUUUGUCAGCUGCUCACUGUUUUGAGGAAGGCUUUAGUACUCAUCAGCUGAAGAUUGUGCUGGGCAGGACUUCUCGAGCAACUCCAGAGGAGAAGGAACAAAAGUUUCAGGUGAAGAACUACAUUGUACAUGAGAGAUACGACUCAGAGAGUUACAACAAUGAUAUUGCUUUGCUGCAGUUGAACUCAGACACAGAAGACUGUGCUAUUGAAACAGAUACUGUUCGAGCAGCCUGCCUCCCAACACCAGACCUGCAGCUGCCUGACUGGACUGAAUGUGAGAUCUCUGGUUAUGGUAGAAAUGAAGAAUUUUCUCCCUUUUAUUCAGAGCACCUGAAGGAAGGCCACGUCAGACUAUUUCCAGCCAGUCGAUGCACCACAAAGCAUCUACACAACAGGACAGUUACAGACAAUAUGUUAUGUGCAGGAGACACAAGGCACCUUGAUGAUGCUUGUAAGGGUGACUCUGGAGGGCCUUUGGUCUGCAUGAAGGACGACCGCAUGCAUCUAAUAGGAAUCAUCAGCUGGGGAAUUGGCUGCGGCCGCAAAGACACACCUGGUGUUUAUACAAACGUGAACCGUUAUCUCAGCUGGAUUCAGAACAACAUGAAAUCCUGAGCAAGAAAGUAACUAUCCACAACCCCACGAGUGUGCCCUUACAACCUGCUCUGAGGUGUUUUAAGGAUACUGACAGGACAUCCUACCUGUCCAGAUGCUUAUGACUUUCAGUGGAAGACACACUGCUGUGUGUGGUACAGGCAGUUUCUCAGUACUCCACGUUUCUCACUGCAGGUUAUCACAGCUCUUGCUCUUUCCCUUUGCAUCUCUAAGUUUUCUCCUUCCAUCAAAUCACACGGGCAGAACUAAAACUAGAUUUUGGCUUGCAAAAUGUGAGCUAUAGAGGUGAACUUAAGGCAACUGAGACCGAUUUUACUUCCUGAUACUUUCAUCUCCCUCUUUAGAUCACCAAGACUCAAGAGACACACAGACACGUGUCUUCUCUAACAUGGCCCUAGGGCAUACCUAAAAACAAUUUCCUUUGUGAAAUAUGUUCAUUAUUCAAAUUUACUCCCACAAACCCCUUCCUCACCCCUCCUCUUUAGAGGAAUAUUCUUUUCUAGCUUUUAAGCCACGAGACAAAUACCUCCCUACAAACAACGGGCGAGACCAGAAAGUCUCACAACUCAUAUGAAAAAACAUCCUUAAAAAAAGAGGUGCAAUGGAAAUACAGAUACUUUCUUACUCAAAAUACACCUGCCUGCAGCAAGGUGAAUCAAAGAAGGGUUGAGCUUGAGCCUUUACUCUACAUAGAUUUCUUCUGGCUUGGGUUAUUGCCAUUUGGGUCUCACAUAGCAAAAAUAACACACUGUGCACUGUCCCCUUCAGAAAACACACUGCUGUAACACUUGUGUGUGGGGGCAGAAGAGGGGAGAAUAAGUUUUUCAAUGUACUUUUCUUUACAAUUCCAAAGGUGUGCUUUUUUGGUUUUGUUGUUGUUGAAAUACCAUGCAGGUAUUUUAAGUUAUUCUGUACUUGUCUGGCUUAACAGUAAAGUUUCCACCACUGUAAGAAGAACCAACAGGUCUAAACUUGUCCAGCAAAACAAUAAUCCACACUUAGCUCCACUGAAUUUACAACUGCAGUCUUCGUAACACAGUAUUAACAAUGGAUUUGUAAAUAAAAAUGCUAAUUCUUA